CUUCCUUUGUGGCUCACCACACAACACAACUGACCUCUUCACCCUCUAAUGGCGAUUCCAAGCUCACUCUCAUACUCCACCAUCAAAUCCACGCCGCCGUAUCUUCCCGCCUUCCACAACCAACCCUCAACUCUCCCGCCUAAUUACCUACGCACCACCAACACCACCACCACCAACCGUCGAUUCUCUAAGCUAACCUCCUUCCGAUGCUCAUCCUCCUCCUUCUCCGAGAAGCACCACAACAACGCCAACAACCCAUCCAAAUCCGACGACCUAGUCGAGCUCCCUCUCUUCCCUCUCCCGCUCGUCCUCUUCCCCGGCGCCACCAUCCCGCUCCAGAUCUUCGAGUACCGCUACCGCGUCAUGAUGCAGACCCUCCUCCAGUCCGAUCUCCGAUUCGGCGUCGUCUACUCCGACGCCGCCUCGGGCUCCGCGGCGGGGGUGGGAUGCGUCGGGGAGAUCGUCAAGCACGAGCGCCUCGUCGACGACAGGUUCUUCCUCAUCUGCAAGGGCCAGGAGCGGUUCCGCGUCGCGGAUCUCGUCCGCACGAAGCCUUACCUCGUCGCGAGGGUGACGUGGCUGGAGGAUCGGCCGUCCGGGGAGGAGAAUAAUAAUCUCGAGGAGCUGGCGGGGGAGGUGGAGGUUCUGAUGAAGGAGGUGAUUCGGUUGUCGAACAGGUUGAACGGGAAGAAGGAGGAGGAGGAGGAGGAGAAGGCGAGGGAUCUGAGGAAGAAUCAGUUCCCGACUCCGUUCUCGUUCUUCGUGGGGAGCACGUUCGAAGGGGCGCCGAUGGAGCAGCAGGCGUUGCUGGAGCUUGAGGACACGGCGGCUAGGUUGAAGAGAGAGAGGGAGACGCUGAGGAAUACGCUUAAUUACUUGACUGCUGCUUCUGCUGUCAAAGAUGUCUUCCCGUCGACUUAGUUUGGUCUAUCUUUCAGUGUUUGAAGUUUAUUGGAUACACUAUAUUUGAUCAAUGUGUAUAAGUUGCAGAAGCGUUAGUUACUCUAGAUGGUGGAAGAUGUUUUAUAGGAUCGUUAUAGUUUGGGUUGGUCAAGAAAUGUGUUUUGCUUGAUUGCCUCUAUGAUCAAAGAAUAGUCUAGUGAUGCAAGUUGAAGUUCUUAAUACCAAAUCGUUGCUUCUUGAGUUGGCUUAA